GGGAACAGAACGAUUCAAGAGAAGAGCGCAGAGAUGAAGGGAUCGUCUGCUCAUUUGCUGAGUUACUUUCGCCGUCCAUCGCCGCCGGAUGACAAGCUUUUGUCGGCGCCGGCGCCGCCACCGCCGCUGCCACCGGAGGAGAUGGAGGAGAAGCCAAAGAGAAUUCACAGUGGUUGGAAAUGCAUGCCUUUCAUAAUAGGAAAUGAGACAUUUGAAAAGCUGGCCGGAGCAGGUCUGCUGGCAAACUUCACGGUGUAUUUGGUGAGGGAGUUCCGCAUGAAAGAGGUUCAGGCUGCAAAUGUGGUUAACAUUUUCUUCGGGACGACCAAUUUCGCACCUUUGGUGGGUGCCUUCCUCUCGGACGCUUAUGCGGGCAGAUUCAAAACCCUAGCUUUCUCAUCCAUCAUCUCCUUUUUGGUAAGAUUGUAAAUAAAUAUUUACA